CCACAAUGACCAAUCAGAACAGGUGUUUAUGACCAAUCAGGACAGUGCUAUUUGGACCAAUCAAGCUAAGCACAUUUGGAUUCCUCGUUUGCAUAAAAAUGGACCAAUCAGGAGCCAGGUCAGGCACUUUCUCUAUAUAAGCAGGCCUCCCUAGUGGCCUUUGGGAGAGCAUUUUCAGUUUCCAUCAGAGGAUACAUUUACCAGUUUUCGAACUGUUCACCUGAAUAAAGUUCCUCCUUUUAGGGCACCUCAGACUGGGGACUGCUGUUGGAAUUGGCUUGGGGCCAGCCACCUUUUGUCAACAACAAUAAUGUCCUAGGCCUUCAUAUUUGCUCACCUUUCACCGACUCACCCAGAGCAACUUAGUCCUGCAUGCUCCAUUAAUGGUAAGUGCCCUAUAUAAGUGUAUCAUUUUAAAGGUAUCUUUUAUGCCUUAUUUUUACUGUACCUUUCUAUGUUUAGAUACACAAAUACCACAAUUACCUACAGUAUUUAGUACAGUAACAUGCUGUACAAGUUUGUAGCCUGGGAGCAAUAGGCUAUACAGCCCAGGUGUGUAGAAAGUCAUGCAAUCUAGGAUGGUGUAAGUGCGCUCUAUGAUGUUCCUACAACCACGAAAUUGCCCAGUGAAGCAUUUCUCAGACCAUACCCCGUCCUUCCUAUGAAUUACACUGUCCAUUUUGUUCUCCUUAAAUAUGCGACGACUUAAGGCAGCAUUUAGAGUUCUCAGCUGAAAGUCACCCAGUGCGGUUACAGAGUCUCUGCUAGAGGCCCUGACUGCCUUGGUUUCCCUGUCUGCGCAAGGGGCAUUCCUCAGAUGGCUCUGCCAGGAGGGGCCAGAAGCCGUGUCUGGGAGGGCCGAAAAGUCACCUCAACAUUUGUCGGGCGAGCCCUAGACACUAGGAGAGGAGCCGGUUGGCCGUGGGAAGACACAGAGCUGAUCCCGCCUAGGCACGGGCUCCAGGCUCUGCAGCGUAGGGGACCCUCUCUCGAGCCCACGCGCAAAUGAGCAGCGUGUGUGCAGAGGGGACCAAACCUAACGCGAACAGCACGCCGCAGAGGGGCGGGUCUGGGCGCUGCGCCUCCCGGGAUCGCGGCUCUCUGGGCACUGAGGGCGGGAGGGGGAGGAGCCAUGUGGGGAGGAGCAAAACCUGGAGGGAGGCCCCAGCAACCCUGGGCAGAGCCAAAGCGGUGGGAGCCCGAUCCCGGGCGCACUGCCCUGGGAGCACGCGCCGUCCGGCCGAUCCCAGCUGCAGCCUCUCCAGCCCACGCCCGCGCUUGCCCCGGUGCACAGCUGAGAAGGGUCCGUGCUGACGGGGGCGAGGGUCUCGGGCUCCUGUCCUCUCCCAGAGCGGCCGGGCUGCCCGCCACCUGCGUCCAGGUUGUGCCAUGGACCCUUCGGAGAAGAAGAUAUCGGUGUGGAUCUGCCAGGAGGAGAAGUUGGUGUCCGGGCUCUCUCGUCGCACCACUUGCUCAGACGUGGUGCGAGUGCUGCUGGAAGACGGCUGGCGGCGGCGACGGAAGCAGCGGCGGGGCCGGCGGCGGGGGGCGGCGGCCAGCGACCCGCCAGGCCCGGGGGAGCUGCCGGAACCCCUGGACGAGGACGACGAAGACGACGAGGAGACGCUGCCGCCGGGCUUGCUCUGCGGGCCGCCGCAGUGCUACUGCAUCGUGGAGAAGUGGCGCGGCUUUGAGCGCAUCCUGCCCAACAAGACGCGCAUCUUGCGCCUCUGGGCCGCCUGGGGCGACGAGCAGGAGAAUGUGCGCUUCGUCCUGGUGCGCAGCGAGGCGUCGCUGCCCAACGCGGGUCCGCGCAGCGCCGAGGCGCGCGUGGUGCUCAGCCGCGAGCGCCCCUGCUCGGCCCGGGGCGUCCCUGCGCGGCCCAGCCUGGCCCUGACCCAGGAGAAGCAGCGGCGGGUGGUGCGCAAGGCUUUCCGCAAGCUGGCCAAGCUCAACCGCCGGCGCCAGCAGCAGCCGGCGUCGCCCUGUUCGUCCACUUCGUCGUCCACCGCCUCGUCCUGCUCGUCGUCGCCGCGGGCCGCGGACAGCGUGUCGGUGGAGCGUAUGGAGACGCUGGUGCAUCUGGUGCUUUCCCAGGACCACACCAUCCGCCAGCAGGUGCAGCGGCUCAGGGAGCUGGACCGCGAAAUCGAUCGCUACGAAGCCAAGGUGCACCUGGACCGCAUGCGGCGGCACGGAGUCAACUAUGUGCAGGACACUUACUUGCUGGACGCAGGCAUCGAGCUCGACGGGCCCAGCCCGGGAGAGGAGCCCGAGCCGGAGGCGGUGGCUAUGGCGGCGGCGCCCCUGGACGGCCAGGGGCAGGUAGUGGCGCUGGAGGAGCUGGCCCAGCGCUGCGACGACCUAUUGAAGCUGCAGGAGCAGCGGGCCCAGCAGGAGGAGUUGCUGGAGCGCCUCUCGGCCGAGAUUCAGGAGGAGCUGAACCAGAGGUGGAUGCGCCGGCGCCAGGAGGAGCUCGCGGCGCGGGAGGAGUGCCCGGAGCCCGAUGGCAGCCUGGACGGCGAGCUGCUGCUGGAGCAGGAGCGAGUCAGGACGCAGCUCAGCACCAGCCUCUACAUCGGGCUCCGGCUCAACACGGACCUGGAGGCCCUCAAGUCGGACUUGGAUUACAGCCAGCAGCAGUGGGACAGCAAGGAGCGCGAGCUGCAGGGCCUCCUCCAGACUUUGCACACGUUGGAGUUGACGGUAGCACCUGAUGGGACUCCCGGCUCUGGUGGACCCUCGCGGGAAUCCCGGCCUCAGCCCGGCGCUGAGGUGUGGGUGGACCAGGCCCGCGGACUGGCCAAAAGCUGUCCUGGCAACGACGAGGACUCGGACACGGGGCUGAGCUCCAUGCACAGCCAGGACUCAGACUCGGUGCCCGUGUGCGAGUCCCUUGUAUAGGAGGAGCAGGGUCAGGAGGGACACGUACGCUUUCCCCUUUCCUGUAGCAAGACCCGGCCAUGCCGCUGGGGACGUGAAACCAGGCUGCGGGUGGGCCCCGGGCUCCUGCGGGGCAGCAGGCCUCCGACUGGGCUGGGAAGGGCUCCGGAGGCCUGGCUGGUAGCGGCUUCCUGUGGCUGGGGGUGAGUGUGGAGGAGGGUGCAGGACCAGUGUCUCCAAUCCAAGCUCUUUCAGGGAAAGGGGGGAGGAGGAGGUGAGAACCCCUCACACUGGAAAACAAACACCCCAGGGAAACUGACGUGGUCCGAGCCCAUUUGCAAAAACAGAAAAAGGGGUGUUGUGGGCAUUUCACCACUCUUCUGUAUGGGCAGGACUGAUGGCAGCUAGAAUUUUAGGUUGUAGCAUAAAGUGCUUUUAAAAGAAACACUUGGAUGAAAAGGAAAUUCCUUGAAUGUUAAUUGUGACUCUGAACGUGUUAAAACUAGCCAAAGAGGACGCACUGGUGUUGGUCUCAGCUGUUCUUAACAUCUUUUAUAAAACCCAUAGGCACUAAAAUCCUGGCUGUUUACAUUUCUGCAGAUCUGGGAGUUAUCCAUCUGCUAAGCUGUUUGCCUCUUGUUUUCUUUCAAAGACUAAACUGUACCGAAGUCUAACCCCAUGUUUCCUCCUAGUAAAUACAGUAUUUGUUAGAAUGGGAUCCCUUUUCCAAAAUAACUUUUUAUUAUUACAAAAACCAAACGUAUCUCUGUUGAGAUAUAGGUUUCUGGCAGACAUAAUUCUUGGUUAAAAUUUAAUCUGGGUCUUUGGGGUUUGCUCCUGCAAAGGUUUGUGUGUUUUCCUUUCAUUCAUAUUGCCAUUCCAUUAACUUAAUCACUGUUAUUUCAGGGGGAAAAAAAGAAAAGGGAAGUUCCAGAAUUCAAGUUAAGUACAACUAAACUUGCUGUUAAAUGAGCACUCCCAUUGAAACUAAGACUUGAAAGCAAAGAUCAUUGUCAGUGUUCAGCUUUUGAACUGAGCUCUAUGAUCAAAACCAACCAUGACCUUAACAGAUUUCACCCAAACCCAAGUCUAACUUCAGUAUUUUUGGUCAGGGAAGAGUUACUUUUCCAAACUGAAAUUGAGAUAGUGUGAAUGCCAGGAUUUACUAGAUCAGGCCUGAAAAAGAUAAAAUACAAUCAAGCUAAUAGUACACCUUGGGUGAACAAAUGGAUUAACAACAGCAGGUAGCCAUAGAUAAAAGCAUAUAAAAGUGAGCUAACGACUUGGAUUACUCUUGUCUGGCUCACGCCUUUGCACACGCCAGGAGAUGCAAGUGCAACCUCUCUCUCGCUUGCUCGCUCCCUCACUCCAUAGCUGGAGACAGAGCCCUGGUGGGGACUCGUGUAAUUGUUCCAGUUAUUUCAAUGAAAACUUAUCAGUUGUAGCUAGCUGCUGCCCUGUGGAAGGAGCCUGCUGGCAGUGUUCCCUCUGGAGUGCAGUACUUCUGAGGAAUGUGGGAUCUAAUCUGUCCUGAGGAGGUGUUAACAAUGGGGUGUGUGUGGUGCCAGCCUGGUGCAGAAGCCUGGUAUCAACCUAACCCAUGAGCGGCUGGCUCCAGUUUCAACACUACAUGUGAAGAUAACUUAAGAGGUCUUGCUUUAGAGAGAAGUUUCCUCCUCGGAGAGAUUCUCUGUCUGCUUGUUGCCAGUGGGGGCCUGCUCACCUGACCUGAAGCGAUUGGGGUGUCUCUCUUUGAGAGUCAGCAUCCCCCUACCUCCCAGUGCUAUUACAACAUGUGUGGAUAUUUUCACAUUUUUAAGUAAAAGGCCGGUUUCUUAAUUGAUGUUUUCAAAAGACAUUAACUGGCUUAAUUAUGGUUUUUUAGUUUUGUCUGAUGCAGAAAACAUCUAUGUGUUUGGCUUCCAGCAUGAUUAAAAUGAGGAAGGGACCAAAAAACCCCCACUGUCCCUAGACAAUCAUUUGGUCCCAUAAACACAAAGCCUAAUGAUAGCUUUUCUUUUGAGGCAAAGGUAAAAUCCUCAUUAGAGUGUGACAAACGCUACUUGUCUGAAUGGUCUAUGCUGGCAAUGGGCUGACCUAGUGGUUUUAAAAUUAUUGUGCUUUUUUUCCCCCCCUCGGGGUGGUAGGGAAGUUGGACAUUUAUUAACUCAAAAGCGAGCACAGAAGUUGGCAGAACAGGACUGCCUGGCAGAAAGGGGCUGUUUUCCUGUUCACUAUUAUUAUUUUAAACUUUGAUGGGCUGCUGACGUCAGCAAAUAUGCCCGAAGCUUGUAAAGCAAAUAAAGCCACAUCACAGGGAGAAGGCCUGUGGGAUUUUCUGAUGCCCUCUCUUUCCAGAACCUUCUGUCCUGGCCACCUAAAGAUUUUUGCCUCUCCAGUCAACAAUUCAGGCACCAAGCAGGCUUUGUUUUAUACCAAAAUGAGGUUCAGUCUGCCGUUCCCUGCCCCCAUCCAAAUCAGUUAUAUCCGCAAAAGGCACUCUGUGUGGGUAGGAGAAAGGACAACAGGUGAGGGGAAAGGAAGGAGACAAUAGCUCCUUUUACUAAGAGCUUUUGCAAGCCUGAGAAAGGUGAAAUAUAGAUAUAAAAAGCAAAUCAGUGCCUCUGCCUAGAAAGUGGCUAAUGAAUGCUAAACAUUUUAAAAACUUCAUUCCUUUUUUUUUUUUUUAAUAAUCAUCAUGACAUUAAGAAUGGAAAUGAAGGCUUUGAAUGCAUUGGCACCAGGAUUUCAGUGCCCCUGGUAAAAGUAACCCCUCCUGCUCUUCUAACCUUACAAAAGUCCUGGGAGGAGAAUAGGGAGCAGGCUCCUCCCAACCAGCCCCAUCUUUUUUUGUAAUUAAUACAAUUUAUCGUAUUUUUUUAUCUUUAGUCCAUUCUUGGCCAUCUGACCAAAUCAAAAAGAUUCCAUCUGUCAUUUCUGUUUACUUCCUUAUGAAACAAGAUAAAGAUGAGGAGGAGGAUUUGCUAAUUAGAAAAGUUACAUACUAUGGUCCUCAUGAUGGACCUGAAAGUAACAAGUAAAAAGAAAAGAAAAUCACACAGAAUCUUGUCACCAAAAGCUUAUCACUACUGAAAUUUGAGAUACUUCCUUCUAGUUCUUUUGAAUUGUGAAUAUUUCAUAUUUUGCUUAUUUUUUUAAACAAUAUUCAGUGUUAAUGAGAUUGUUUAUAUGCUUUUAUGCUCAGGUUUUGACAGAUUCCUUGUAAGUGGCUCCAUCUAUCUGUUGGAUGUACCAUGGUGCAUAUUAUUAGGUCAUUCCUGGUAUUUUUCAUUAUUAUAAAAUGACACUGUGAUAAGCUGCUUUGUGCACAUAUCUGUUUCUCUAAUUAGACUCCCUUUCAAUGAGAUAGCUUCCCAGAAAGAGAAUUCCCAAAGAGUACAAAUAUUUAAAAACUUGACAUUUAAUUGCUAAAUUGGUUUUCAAAAGAUUUGUUCUAAUUAGAAUCCUCUGUGCAUGGCAAUGCCUAUUUCACCACCCCUUAGCUUUCAUUAGCUAUUAUAUUUUGGUAAGAAAAUAUAUUGACCAAAAUGAAUGAAUGAAUUCUUUGUGGUCCCAGGAAGUCAGGGCUGGCAACCACAGCCUUAAAAUACCUUUACAACAGAAAGGGCAGCUCAUCCUACCAGAAAUGUUAAGAGGACAAGGCACCUUCUCUCCUUCCCAUUUCCUUGCUCUCCCUGAGCACUGCUGGGUAAUAGCAAUCCCGGCUCAUAUCAGAGCUGGCCCACUCUCUGAGCAGGAGGGGCCAAAAUGCCACACCAGCAAGAUUAAGGGGGUUAACAAAUAAAAGAACCAGACUUAUAAAAAGAAAA